AUAGUUCUUUAUUUACCAACAGCUAACUUAAGACUUGAACUUGACACGAACAAAGAUGCAUGAGGAAGAGAAGUCCUCAUAGAAGCAGGCCAUGGGAGAUACGAAGAACGACAGCAGUAGAGCAACAGGGUUUUGGCAAAAGUGUUGCAACAUAAUUAAAAGAUUCUUCCGGUGCCCAGUGAAGGCUGAACCUCUUACUUUCGCACUUCAACGUCAUUACAACAGUUCGGCGCUGGGCUCGCCCGAGCACGCCCACCAGCACCGCCACGACCUCACCGACACGCGCGACUGGCCCGGCUGGACCGUGCAUACCCUGCAGUACCUGUACAACCUGUUCGUGCUGUACUUCAACCGCGACCGCGGCCGCAUGGAGGAGAGCCGCGCCAGCGCGCUGUGCGAGGACCUGGGCGACCGCAGCGCUCGCCACGAGCGGCGCGCGCGCUUCGCCAACAGCGACCGCAUGUGGAGGAAGACGGAGCGGGGCGAGAAGCUGCCAGAGCAGCCCGAGGAGCCGGAGGACGAGCAGCUGCUGGAGAAGCUGCGCCAGCUGCUCAAGGCGCCCGACGCCGCCAUGGAGGAGGCGGAGGAGGGCGCGGCCAAGGCGGCGGCCGAGGUGGAGGAGGCGCGCAACUCGCUGCGCCCGCUGGCGCGCAGCGUCUACGAGAUGAGCCGCCGCGCAGAGCACCUCAGACCAAAUCAGUACUAUUGCGAUCUUGAAUCGUACCCGCUCAAGAGGCAUUUAAAACAUCCUUAA